AUGGUUAAGCCCUCUGCAGUUCCAACUGCCAAGCUAACAAACAUGAUCAGAGAAGGCAGACCGUGGUCGGAAGUGGAGGAUGUUGCCGAAGCAAUGCUAGACAAGAAAAAGGUGCAGAACAUAAAGUCUAAAGUAGCAAAUAGCAUGCAUCCCCAUGGGCACAACUUUGAUGCUGUUGCAGAAAUAAAGAAGAAAACAGACGAGAAAGAUCAGUACUUAGUCUGGAAAAUUAAUAAUCGUCACUUCAAUAAUGGCCAACAAAGCCUUGUCUUUAAAACGAGCAGAGAAAAAGCUGAAAUAUGUGUUCAAAUGGACAAAGAUCAAAGUGAGCAUCCUCUAUCCAAAGAGUUCUGUUUCCUUGAUGCCGUGCACAGUCGAUGCCAAGGCUUCAAAACACUGACCCUUUGGGUGUGGCAUCCAACUUUAAAUGAGCUUGUUAACUUAGCUACAAUGGAGUGUGAGGCCGAGUCCAGUCUCGUAAUACAGACGUUUUGGAACAAUCUUAAUGAGGUAACUUUGAUCUUGUUUUUGUUAGCUAGGCAGUGUCCCAGUGUUCCAUUAAUUUCUACUUGUGAUUUGUUGUUCUGUUACAAAUCAGUGGCUGACGCAGACGUCCUCGGGGGCGUGGGGGGGGGCUCCCCAGAUCCGCCACUGGAAAUCUAUGUAAUUUUAUGGAGUUUUAAAGGCUUGAUGGAAGAAUGCUUUCAACUGCUCUGGUAAAAUUCCGUGCUCGACUACCUGUACAGUAUUAUGGUCUUAAUCCCCAUUUUGUUUUACUCUUAGUGAUUCUGAAGAACUUUGCGGCAAUUUUAAUCGCCUGCAAAGUUUUCAGGUUCAAAUUGCCUGUGUUCUGCAUACAACAUGCAUGCACUCUGCUUUCAUCCCAUUAAAAUCGCAAGCAAAUCGGUGGUUUACACAGGUGAUUGGAGGCCUUACGUAUACAAAUCGCCUGUGCAGGCAAUUAACAGGAAAAAGUAAAAAAAAAAGAUUGAGUGGUAAACCGCGCGCAUAAAAUUGGCGGGAAAAGUUUAAAAACAGUUUCAAAGAUGACGCUCGUUGCGCUCACGAAAUGGUCCACAAAAGGAUCGGAGUACCCUGGAUUCUUCUACGCCGAGCUACGCCGGACGACAAGAGUCCACUGCUCGCAGGGUACAAAAGGAAAUUCAAUAGCAAUGUUACGUUAAGUUUGCCUAUUUUACGCAUUUUGCAUUUAUCUGGACGCAUUAUUAAUAAUUUUAUUAUGUUUUACAUCGUUCAGACAUAUAAAAGAAACACAUCAUUUAAUUUGACAACUUAUUCAAAGAUAUUGAAUACGUCAUUUUUGGGUUAAAGGCCCUGUAUCACCCAAAAUGCAUUGCGCGCCCAAUGCCUCUGCGAUUGACUUUAACGCAGGCGAAAAUUCCCGAAAGAGCCAAUCACGAGCGAGCUCGUCAUUUGAAAAACAAAAUCAAAGGACCGCAAAGCCGAAUGGGUGAUACUGGGCCUUUGAAUCCACAAGUAUAAUCAGCGAUGGAUGUGCACUGCAAUAUUAUUAAUUGUAAUUCAUUUGACGUUGUUUUUUUUUUUUUGAGGUUCUACGAGAUUUUACAGGGGACGAUGAAUAUAUCUUUAAUCCAGCGGGAUGGAUGUUCGAUGAAGCAGGAGGAAACUGGGAUGCCAUCGAAAAAAGUAUUUGGCAGUAA